CAUUUUUUGGAAGAUAUCAUAACGAACCAAGCGUCGGUAGUCGCAGUAUCAGCCUUGGUGAUAAGAAAAUAUUUAAAAAUGUGGAAGAAAAUCGGUGUUCUUGCCUUACUGGCAUCGGUGCAUUGUAAUCCAGUGGAACGUGGCAUAGAAGAGAAUUUAGUCGGUGCAGUUUCGGAGUGCUUCGAUAAAGAUACAUCGCUAUGUUUAAAGGAAAAAGCUUUAAAAUACACGGAAAGACUUGCCGUUACAAAAGAUAUAAACCUAUUCGAGGGUAUGGCGCUGAUUAAUACUGGAUCAGCCCGAUCAGCUCGUAGCUACGAACAGUUGCCUGAAGAUCCGAAGGCAAGGGAAGUGCAAAUUGAUGAAAGAAUUGCCAACAACAUUGGAGACUUCUUGGAUGACCACGUACUGCAAUUACGCCUUUCUCAAGAUUCUGAUGAAUCCAGAGGCUUAGACGAAGAAGGUCGUGGUAAGAAGAAGAAGAAGAUCAAGAAGAUCCUGCCCCUUCUCCUCCUCUUGAAGCUGAAACUUGCCGCAUUAAUUCCUCUGUUCCUCGGCAUCAUCGCUUUUGUAGCCAUCAAGGCAGUAUUCUUAGGAAAGAUUGCAUUUGCUAUGAGUGCGUUUAGCCUCAUCAGAAAACUUCUGUCUAAGAAUAACUCUGGAUCAUCUGGAGGUGCAAUCAGCUAUUCGCCUCAUCACGGAGGAGCUGAAGAACAUCCAGGCUACUCAUACGAACCAGCCCAAGGUUGGAGUAGAAAAGUCAAUGACGCCCAAAAUAUGGCCUACGCAGGUCAAUUAAAUUAAUUUCGUUUUACAAAAAUUUAGGUUGAGCGUGUGUGUGUUUGUGUGAAAUAUUUAUUUCGGUAUGUCUGUAUUGCCAUAUAAGUACCUCAGUCUAAUUUAUUUUAAUUUAUGUCAAAUAAAAUAAUU